CAGGACCCCUUCUACGAGAAGCCGCAGUCGGACUCGAACCCCGAACCCAACGCGGUACCCUGGACGUAUAGAGGUAUAUCCGUCAUAAGUCCCAAAGUCGAUCAUACCAGAAGUCAAAGUUGAAGUCAUACCUUGCGCUCCAUGAAGAUCGACCUUAAUUUUGACCAAAAUUCAAUUCGCUUAUUAUUCAUAUCGAGUAAAGACUUUGCACGGUAAAGUAAUCGCAAUUGAAUUUUCGAAAUUCGCCCGACUCGAAGACGUUAAUCAAGUGACGCUAUCCCGUUGUUAUUCGACACGUGGGUGGUACAGUGAGAGAAUUUCCAAAAAAAGUUCUUCGAAAUUACUGGAGGAUAUCGAGAACCCGGAUGAUCUCAGGGGAAGAUCGCGCAGCAGGAGCUGGCAGCGGGCACGUGAUCUCGAAGCGAAGGAAGAUGAAGUUGGUAUUAUCGGUGAUCGUUUUCCUGGUAGCGAGAGGAGCAGGGAGCCUGGCGCUGCCUGAUCAAACCUCAAGCCGCGUCCCCAUUAGAGCGAAGCAGACGACGGUACCACCGGGAACCCUGGUGACCGCGACAAUCGCGACGAGCGUCACGACGUCGUUACCGGGCAAGACGAUCGCGUCCUCCAGCACCGUCGCGACGCCUACGAGGGAGAUCGGCCUGGCCGACAAAGGGACGCCGACGUCGAGCGACGUGGCGACGCCUGGUUCGGCGAAGGAGACGCGCGGCUCGCUGGGAAAGACGCGACCGCAGCUGAAGUUGACGACGAAUUACAGCAGCGCCAGUGAGACCGCCGUGAGACUACCGGAAGGCGCCAGCGCGGCUCUGGCGAAGCCUACGAAGUAUCACUAUUAUCCUCACAAUCAGCACAUCUAUUUGUUACCCGAGUGCGCCGUCCAGCAGGUCUGCAAUGCCGUUUACGUGAGGCUCAACUUCACGCAGCCCUUGUGCGCGUGUCCGGGACGUUAUCGGGAUCCUUGCAGCGCGUCAUUGGACAGUGACGAUCAUCACACAACGGAACUGGUGACGGAUCCGCGUACUAAGGCACUGACCCUCGUGAAGACCUGCGAACCCGUCGCCGAGAUGCGAGAGUGCCGAGCGCCACGCGACUGGUCCCUCCUGGCCUUGCAAAACGUCCGAACCGGAAAGUCCCAUUACUUGGUCAUCUGCCGUUGCCCGGACACUAAUAUACUGGAGGGUCCCAUGAGCCACGAUCAGCCGACCUACGCCAGCGUACCUGGUAUCCGGGUCUACGGGAUGAUGUGCGUCCAGGGUAACAGAAGAGGACGACCCUUGAGACACGUUCGCAGUUUGCUCGGACUUCCCGGCGGUGAAAUCUACGACGACUUCGAGGAAUUUCAAGAUGCCGAAUUGAAGAACACCUUCCCCUGGCACAAGGUUCCCCAGCUGAUGAAAACCGCCAUCUGGGAUUAAUUAAAACUACCUGCCUAUCAAUAAUGCCAUUCGAAGCGAAUCAAGAGCAAGGCUCCCUACCUAACCUUAUUUAUUGAUAACGAACGUUCAACCCCUAUAUUUAUAUUAUUUAUUGAACCGCACAACUUAUGCAAAUAGAUAAGGAUCGCGGUACCGAGAUAACGGUUAUGAUAAUGGCUCGAUAUUGUCUUAAUUUCUCGUUUCGUUUUUCAGUCACAUUCUCAAUACUGUUCACUGAACAUUUUGAGACUUUUUUUACGUUCGCGUUUUUAGUUUUUUUUUUUUUUCGAAUCGCUUACAUUUUUAUAUUACGUCUCAUAAUGGCUUGAAAGUAAUUCAAGAUUUGAUUUAUAUGCUCCAAGUCACUGCGAGACGAUUCGUGAAUUUCGAAUGAAAUUUGGAAAAUUAAAAAUUUAAUAUCGUCGUCUCCAAACUCGACGCUGAUCACGAAAUUAUGAUGAAAUAUGUCCAUUUGUAUGGCCAAUCUUAUCGAUGCGCGUAUUCUCGUUGUCUAUUGACAUUGUUAUUAUUUAUCGAGCCUAAUUUAUAUUUAUAAAACAUAGAGAGAUAUCGUAGUGGGUCGCCAAGUAUUAAUCGUCCGCCAUUGUAACUGUCGGUAAGGCACCUGGUUUCUCCUUUUGCGAAUUUUCGUAUCGUGUCGCUUGUCAGUCCCACGAUAAACGUAGGACCAUUCGAUUGUAAAUAUUGAUUGCAUGCAAUAUCAAAUAAAUAGGCGCCAGUGCCAAAAACUAAAAAAAAAA